AUGGGCCCUCCUCCCAGCCUGGGGCCGCACCAGGGCCCUCCUCCCAGCCUGGGGCCGCACCAGGGCCCUCCUCCCAGCCUGGGGCCGGACCAGGGCCCUCCUCCCAGCCUGGGGCCGCACCGGGGCCCUCCUCCCAGCCUGGGGCCGCACCGGGGCCCUCCUCCCACCUUGGGGCUGGCCCGGGGCCCUCCUCCCAGCCUGGGGCCGCACCGGGGCCCUCCUCCCAGCCUGGGGCCGCACCGGGGCCCUCCUCCCAGCCUGGGGCCGCACCAGGGCCCUCCUCCCAGCCUGGGGCCGCACCGGGGCCCUGGUCCCACCUUGGGGCUGGCCCGGGGCCCUCCUCCCAGCCUGGGGCCGCACCGGGGCCCUCCUCCCAGCCUGGGGCCGCACCAGGGCCCUCCUCCCACCCUGGGGCCGCACCGGGGCCCUGGUCCCACCCUGGGGCCGGACCAGGGCCCUCCUCCCACCCUGGGGCCGCACCGGGGCCCUGGUCCCACCCUGGGGCCGGACCAGGGCCCUCCUCCCAGCCUGGGGCCGGAUGAUAGACGAUGGGUUCUGGGGGAGAGCAGACAUGACCAGAAAGCAGGCUGCAACGAGGACAACAGGAGUGAACCCAGGGCCCACAUCGAGCCAGGACGUCAGCCUGUCCCAGCCUGUUCCUCUGAGUCCCCAGAGCGGCCCUGGGUCAUCCAGAGCGUGUCUGUGCCACGCUGCGUGUCCUGGCGGGACGGCAAUGCAGCGCCCGUCUGCUCGGACUGA